AUGGAUGGGCAUGUAGAUGCAAUUGAUGAUGCCCCGGUCACAUUGAAGCAAAAAUGCACCACGGCUGAUAACCCCCUUCUAAUGUGGUUAAGCGAUCAUGAUGAGUAUCUGGCAGAAAUGCUUCGGAUGGAUGGCAGAGGGGACUAUACUUCACAUACUUGCUGCAAAUGUGCCUCUGCUCCUGCUCUGUUCCAAUGCGAUGACUGUUGUGACAUGCAGCUAUACUGCGGAGACUGCACUGUUUGCAAUCAUUUGCGGAGCCCCACUCAUUGCAUCAAGGAGUGGACGGGGUCAUUUUUCAUGGCUACAUCACUCAAGAAGCUCGGUCUGAGGAUCCAGCUGGGGCACGCGAUUAGUGAAAGCUGUAUCCUGCCUCGCAAGUCAUCCAAUGACAACUUCCUACUCAUCGAUACAAAUGGAAUCCACAAGAUGGCAGUCGACUUUUGUGCCUGUGAGACAUCCCAGACUCAUACAAAACAACUCUUGCGCAUGGGAUGGUUCCCCUCGACAACUGUGGAUCCAAGGACAGCAGCAACCUUCUGGCUAUUGCACCAUUACCAUAUCUUGUCUUUUGAGUCCAAGGCAUCUGCAUAUGAAUUCUAUCACUCGCUUGUCCGUAUAUCUGACAAUGUUGGUUUAAUUAAGAAGGUUGGCGUUUUGCUGGGUUGA